AUGUACCAACCCAUGGCGUCGCGCGUUGCUCUGCCUAUUGGGUUUCCCGUGUUCGCCGAACGGUCGUCGCUCGUUGACGACUUCGAUCACGGCGAGCCCGACUACUUUCCUAGAUACCCGACGUGGGUGACUGCAUAUGCACCCCUGUCAUUUGGCCGUGAGUGCAUCAUUGUCCCCGAGAGUCCUGUAUCCGGCGGUCGCCCUCUGCCGUCCCCGCCCUCAGAUGCCUUGCUUUCGGUCGCGUCGUCGACGGCGGCGGCUGAGCCCAAAAUCAAGAUUGUUGCGCCUCUGGCUCUGUAUAACAAUAUUCGCUUCGUCAAACCGGGUGCAAACGAAGAAAAUCGACGUUUUCUUAUGAGAAUCCCUGCGGGCGACGCCGAUUCGAUGCCCGCGGCUACCACCGCCACUCGGCUCGCGACGUCGGCAAAGCCCAAGGCUAAGUCGCCCACAACCAGGCCGUGCGGAUCGCGCAAACCCGCGCAGAAGACACGAAUGACGCUCCUGAGUCCUGCUGGUCUCGCUCGCGAUGUCGCGAGCGCGCCUAUGCAGCUUCUUCCCGCGCCCGGCCCUCGUGUGGCUCUAUCACCACGCAAGAACGCGCUUCCAUCGAGCGCGGCGUCGGCGGAGAGAAAAACCGCCCAGAAGAGCCGCGCUCCUGCGCAGACCGAACCGGCCGCUGCUGGCCACUUCGGGUCUACUUCCUCGCGCUCUGACUGGAAGAAUGACAGCGCCCUUCCCAACGCUGCGAGCGCCCUUUUCGACAGAGUCGACGCUACAAGCACGGAUGAGCAACCUGUAUCUGCAGUCGGUCGUCGUCUCUAUCAGCGCCUUCAAGCACCACAGGCGUCUCGGGAGGGGCACUCGCAAGCCCAUCGUCCUCAUCAGUCUUGA